CGCAACAUGUGGGCCUGGGCACUUCUUCCAGUGUCAUUGUUCCUGCUUGGCACCAUUGGAUUCUGGGCUGUCUAUGGGAUAGCUGUGUCAAAUAAUUCCGUUAAUCUCACUGUUGAGUUUCCUUAUAUCAGUACCUGUGGCUCCUACACACCGCAGAGCUGCUACUUUGCUCAGAUUCUCAAUGUUGGGGCAUUUCUGGUGAUUUGGAUCUGCCUCAUCCGAUACCAACAGAUCAAAGAUUAUGGGCAGCAUUCCCGUUUGAACACGGCCAGCCUGGUCUUGGGGGUUAUCUGUGCUAUCGGGAUAAGCGUUGUGGGGAACUUUCAGCAAACUGUUCUGAUGGGGGUCCACCUGUUUGGUGCCUUCUUGGCCUUCUUCAUCGGACUGGCAUACUUCUGGACUCAGGUCUAUCUCACUUUUACAGUGAAGCCGAACCACGGUGGAAAGUGGAUUGGGCCCAUGAGAACCUUCCUUUGCAUCAUUUGUACCGUACUGAUCAUCAGCAUGGCGGUCCUCCACAAAACUGGCUCCCGGAGUGCUGCAGCUGGCUGUGAAUGGCUGGCUGCCAUGACCUUCUUCAUGCUCUUUGCCUCCUUUGCAGUGGAAUUCAGGCACGUGGAUCGACACUCCUACCACGUGAUGCUCAAAGAAGUCGAUAUAACGGGCCAGUAA